AUGACUACCUUAAACCGCACUGGUGUUAGCCACACAGUCUUCCACUUGCUGAGCAUCCCUGGACUAGAGGACAAGCACAUGUGGAUUUCCAUCCCCUUCUUCAUCUCCUAUGUCAUCGCCCUGCUUAGGAACAGUCUCUUCAUCUUCAUUAUCCUCACCAAGCGCAGCCUCCACAAACCCACGUACCUCUUCCUCUGCGUGCUGGCUGCAACAGACGUUGCCCUCUCCACGUGCACAGUACCUCAGGCCUUGGCCAUCUUCUGGUUCCAAGCUGGGGAGAUCUCCCUGAAUCGCUGCAUCACUCAGGUGUUCUUCCUCUCUUCCACUUUCAUGUCUGAGUCAGGGAUCUUGCUGGUGAUGGCAUUUGACUGCUACAUUGCCAUAUGCUACCCACUGAGAUACACCACCAUUCUUACACAUGCACUGAUUGGGAAAAUUUGUGCUGUCACCUUUCUGAGAAGUUAUUAUACAGUAUUCCCCAUAAUAUUUCUUCUGAAAAGACUGACUUUUUGCAGAACUAAUAUUCUCCCAAAUACUACUUGUAAGCACAUUGUCUUGGCCAAAAUUUCCUGUAAUGACAUCCGAGUAAAUAUCUGGUAUGGUUUUGUCUUAAUGUCAACCUUGGUCUUAGACAUUGUGCUAAUUAUUGUUUCAUAUGUGCUUAUUCUCUGUGCUGUCUUUCACAUCCCAUCCCGAGGUGCUCGCCACAAAGCUCUCAGCACAUGUGGCUCCCAUAUCUGUGUCAUCAUCCUCUUCUAUGGGUCUGGCAUCUUCUCAGUCCUCACUCAGUGCUUUGGACACCACAUCACACUUCAUAUUCACAUUCUGCUGGCCAAUGUCUACAUUCUCAUUCCACCUAUGUUAAAUCCCAUCAUUUAUGGGAUUAAGACCAAGCAGAUAAGGGACCUGGUAGUUCAUUUGUUGUUUCCAAAACAGAAAUGA